CUCGGCCUCGCACAUUGGUUUUCGCUCUUCAACUGUAUUCCUCGCUACUCUCGAUUUUCGCCAAUGUCAGGCCGUGGUGGUGGCCGCGGCGGCGGCCGCGGCCGCGCGGGAGGCAGGCGAUCGGACUCUCGCGGCGAUCAGCCGGCCCCGUCGUUUCAGCGCGGAGGAGGUGGCGGCAGAGGCAGGGGCUAUGCCGCCGCCGCCGCCGCCGCCGCCGGCAGUUCCGGUUACCGUCCGGCUCCGGCUCCGGCCCCGGCCCCGGCCCCGGCUCCGUCGCCGGUUCGACCGACUGUAGCUGCGUAUCCUCCCGGACCAUCUACUGCUGUUGUUGCUGCUGCUGCUUCUUCUCCUCCCGGAGCGUCUAGUUCGGGGACUUCCCCUGUGGCGCCGGCGUUGGAUGUUUCUUCUCUGAGCGGCGAGGUCGAGCGGCGGCUCACAUUGCGGGCUCCUUCGUCGCCGCCGCCCCUCUCGUCGAAGGGAGUCAGGUUUCCGCCGAGGCCUGGCUUCGGAAGGGCCGGGAGAAAGUGCGUGGUUAGAGCGAACCAUUUUCUAGUCGAAGUAGCGGACAAGGACUUUCACCAUUACGAUGUAUCUAUUGAUCCCGUGGUUUCUAACAAGAAAAUCAAUAGGGAGAUAUUAGGUGUUCUUGUCAAACAGUAUUGGGAGACUCAUUUGGGUAGGAGGAGACCGGCCUACGAUGGGAGAAAGAGUCUCUACACAGCAGGACCCCUCCCUUUCAAUAGCAAGGUGUUUUCUGUUAAAUUGGUAGAAAAUGAUGAAGCUGCCGGUAGUUCUUCUCAAUCGAGAAGGAAGGAACGUGAAUUCAAGGUAACGAUAUCGUUGGUCGCUAGGACCGAUCUUCAUCAUCUUCAGCAGUUUAUUCAGGGUAGACAAUUGGAUUGCCCGCAAGAGAUAAUACAAGUUCUUGAUGUGGUCCUUAGAGCCUCUCCAUCUGAAAAGUAUACUGUUGUUGGACGAUCAUUUUUUUCAACUGAUUUAGGGCUUAAAGGUGAACUCGGUGAAGGUUUAGAAUAUUGGAGAGGAUACUAUCAGUCUUUAAGACCUACACAGUUUGGGCUCUCACUCAAUAUAGACGUGUCGGCUAGAGCUUUCUACGAGCCAAUUCUUGUUACCGAGUUUGUUGCGAAAUACUUCAACCGUCGAGAUAUGUCGAGCCAAUUGUCUGAUCAGGACCGUAUUAAGGUGAAGAAGGCUUUGACACGACUUAAGGUGGAAAUGACUCAUACAGGAUAUCGGAGAACUUACAGGAUCACUGGAUUGUCAGAUAAGCCAAUGAGCAAAACCACGUUUAUGCUCGAUGACCAAACAGAGAUAUCAGUUGUUCAAUACUUCCGGGAGAAAUACAACAUCGGUUUGCAAUAUGUAUCAAUGCCGACACUGCUAGCUGGAAGCGACACGAAGCCUGUCCUCUUACCUAUGGAGCUUUGUAGGAUUGCUGCUGGGCAGAGGUACACUAAGAAAUUGAAUGAACGACAAGUAACUGCUCUGUUAAGGGCGACCUGCCAACGCCCUUAUGACAGGGAAAAGAGUAUUAGGCAGAUGGUUGAUGAGAAUAAGUAUGAUGAAGAACUCCUUCUAACGAAAGAAUUUGGAAUGUCGGUGGGAAAUGAACUUGCUUUCGUCGAGGCUCGUGUUUUACCACCACCAAUGCUUAAAUAUCAUGAAAGUGGUCGAGAUGCAACGGUUGGUCCAUUGAUGGGGCAGUGGAAUAUGGUUAACAAGAAAAUGAUCGAUGGAGGUAGAGUGGAUACCUGGAUGUGUGUUAACUUCUCAAGGUGGAAUCAAAAUAUGACUCAUCAAUUUUGUGACGAAUUGGUCAAGUUGUGUAAUAGUAAAGGGAUGGCUUUUAACCCACAACCAGUACUCCCUAUACGUGAUGGUCAACCCCGCCAGAUUGAAAGAGUCCUUGCGGAUAUUAAUAGAGAAUCUCGGGCAAGACUCGCGAACAUGAAUUCACCUCGGAAAGAACUUCAGCUGUUGAUAGCUAUCUUACCGGACAUAGCUGGAUCUUAUGGGAAGAUAAAAAGAGUAUGCGAAACUGAACUGGGAAUUGUCUCACAGUGUUGCCAACCGAAAGAAGCUGCAAAAAUGAAGGAGCAAUAUCUUGCAAAUCUUGCACUGAAAAUUAAUGUCAAGGUUGGCGGAAGGAAUACUGUUCUGAAUGACGCCAUUUUGAGAAGAAUCCCUCUUGUCACUGAUAUGCCAACCAUAAUUUUUGGGGCAGACGUAACACAUCCACAACCUGGAGAUGAUGCUAAUCCUUCCAUAGCAGCUGUGGUAGCUUCUAUGGACUGGCCAGAAGUGACGAAAUAUAGAGGCCUUGUUUCUGCACAGACUCACAGACAAGAAAUCAUUAACGAUUUGUACAUCCCUAAACAGACCCCGGAGGGGAAAGCUGGAGGGAUGAUUAGGGAAUUGCUUAUUGCCUUCAGAAGAUCUACUGGGCAUAAACCUCAUAGGAUAAUAUUUUAUAGGGAUGGGGUUAGUGAAGGUCAAUUCUCGCAAGUUCUUCUCUAUGAAAUGGAUGCAAUUCGCCAGGCCUGUGCCUCACUUGAAGAGGAUUAUCUGCCACCAGUUACCUUCGUUGUGGUGCAAAAGAGGCACCACACACGCCUCUUUCCUGAGAAUUAUAACAGACGCGAUUCAAUGGACAGGAGUGGCAAUAUACUACCUGGUACCGUUGUUGAUACUCGCAUCUGCCACCCCACUGAAUUCGAUUUUUACCUCAAUAGCCAUGCUGGGAUUCAGGGUACUAGUAGGCCGUCGCACUACCAUGUAUUACUUGAUGAGAACAAUUUUAGUGCCGAUGCUCUCCAAACCCUCACUAACAAUUUGUGCUACACAUAUGCUCGAUGCACACGCUCGGUCUCAAUAGUGCCUCCUGCUUAUUAUGCCCAUUUAGCAGCCUUUCGAGCGAGGUAUUACAUAGAUGGGGACGGGUCGGAUACUGGGUCGUCGGGAGGAGGAAGGGGCACUGCUGUGGAGAUCCGGGCACUUCCUUCGAUCAAAGACAAUGUCAAAGAUGUGAUGUUUUAUUGCUGAUGCGUUGGGCACCAAGGACGGGACUCGCUCUUUUACUGGAAAUAGACUUGACACUUGCUCA